AUGGAACCAACUUCUCCGCCUCCUCAUCCUACCACAGUGCCUGAAAAUCCGCGAAAGGGGAUUCUCAGGCGUCCAAAACCCUCUUUCCCAGAAGAUCUGAACUUCAUUCAAGAAGGCGUUGCGCCAAUCAAAGAUGCAACAAAACCCGGUAUUCCUCCAGGGGCACGGUGGACAAAGAUUGAUAGAAGACUUGUUAAUCCGGAAGCUCUAGAAGCUGGAAGAGAGCGUUUUGAAGAACGCUCAGAUUAUGUCAUUGUUUUGCGUGUUCUCUCAAAAGAGGAGAUUCAAAAUUACGCGGUCAAGACGCAAGAAAUUCGAGACGGGCGCCAGAGACAGGUCCAAGAAAAAGGGAAGGAACGGCAUAAACUCAAUAAAAAACAGGUGCAGGACACAUCCGACGCAGGUGCGCAAUCUGACACCGUUGAAACUAAAAACAGCGGUUCACUCCUGACGCUCAUCACGUGA